GCCAUGUUGCUGCCGUCUGAUAGAUGUUCGCAACUCUGUGUGUUUACUAAUGAAUUUUAAGACUUUAAAUAGUUAAAUUAUUGUGAUUGUGAAAUUGUGAGUGUACAAUGGUUUUAUAUAUCAUAUGUUCUUGUGAUUGAAAAGUCUGUCAAAUGUCUCUGAAGCUAAUAAACAGUGAAAUUUUCUUUAGAUAGUCAUUCGAUUCGGACGGCAUAAUGGCUGACAAUCUGAUUCAAAAGUCACAUAAAACUAGUGAGAAAAACAAGUAUAACAACGUCGUUCACCGCACAACAAGUGAAUCUCUUCGACUGAACGAGUCGGACAAGGGAGUGACUCACCCGAUGAGUCUCCAAGCUGCCCAUAACCCAAGGAAAAUAUCUUCGUUUCAGAUCACCAGUGUCAGUGAGACGGGACGGGACGGCUCUCGAGUUAGCACUGAUGCUGGCGAGGAUUCUGCCGACGAUCUAGACGAAUCUCACACCGAUGACAUCUCGAGGGUGACGGAUGUAGAGAAUGAGACACCUAGUUAUUCAGAAGAUACCUUCUCGAAAGACGAUGUGUUUUACAACGCAUCGAGCGCUUCGCUAGGCUGUGCCCCCGUCAUCCCAACCAGCUCGCAGUACGGGCUCGCAAUCGUCGGUCAGGACACCGCCGCUAACCAGUUAGGAGGAGCAGUGCCAAAUAGUAAUAAUUCGGAAUUGAGUGACAUGCAUGUCAGUGUUACGAACGCCGGAACGGGUAGCAUUAUCAAUCUCAUAGGAAAUGCUAAACCGCAAGAAGGUAUGAAAGAAAUACAAGAGCAUGUUAGGAAUGAACGUUUUAAAGUUGUGAAAAUAGAAAGUACGGAACCGUUUCGCAGGGGUAGAUGGAUUUGUAUGGAUUAUUUGGAUCAUACCACCACACAACCAAACUCAACAAUCCCUUUGAACAAUAAUUUAGAUGUCACUGAAUCAAAUGCCUUACAAGCUCCGGACAGUGGUGUAGUGAUAAAUGACAGUCAACAUGAUGAUGUCUGUAAUGAUCUGACAAAUAAAGGGCCUAAAGAUGUGCAAGGAAAUACACCAAAUGUGCAGCAGCUGGAUCAAAAUUUGCAUCAACAAUUUCCUAUGGCUUCCCCUGGGCAAUCACUAACCCAGCCUAUUAAUGUAGUGCAACAACAGAUGCCUGUUACUCAGUCAGUAUCUGUACAAUCUCCGCCCUUGGAAAUGCCACAGCAGAUGCCAAACCAAAAUAUGCAAACCAAUCAGCAGGUUGCACAGAGUAUGACACACAUCACUAUGCAAAAUGCAGCGCAAAGCCAUGGUCAACCUCCUCAACAGCAGCAGGUGCAGCAAAUACCUCAGAGUUUUCCUCAACACCAGCUCCAGCAGGUCAUUGCCCAGUCACAGGGUAUUGCUAUGCAACAAAUUCCAAUGCACCAGCAAAUGCCACAGCAGAUGCAACAAAUACCUAACCAACAGAUGCAACAAAUUAGUCAGCACCUGCCUCAAACUCAAAUGCCUAAUAUGCAACAAAUGCAACAGCAGAUGCCUCAAAUGCAGGGUAUACCGAAUCAGGGACAAAUCCCUCAAGUUGCUGGGCAACAACCCCAGAUGCAACAAAUGCAAAUGCAACAGAUGCAAGGACAACCAAACCAUCAGCAGCUACAUCAAAUACAGCAAGCUCAGAUUCCCAAUAUGGGUCAAGGUCAUCAUCUUCAAGGACAGCAGCCAAUGACAGCGCAACAGCCUCAACUGCAGCAUUUGCCUAGUCAGGCCCAGAUUCAAGCUUUACAGAAUCAACAGAUACCAAACCAUAUACAGCAAAUGCAGAUGCCUACGCAACUAACUGGAGCUAAUCAGCAGAUCCCUCAAAUGCAACCCCAGAUGCAUCAGCUGCCGUCACAGCCACAGCAAUCUGUAGUCACUGGGAUGCAUCCACAAAUGCAACAGCAGAGUAUGCAACCGCAGUAUAAUCAAGCUGUUAACCAGCAACCUACUCAACAGCAAAUGAUCAGCACUAAUAUUCCAUCUUCACAACAACAAAUGGUACAGCCACAACACACAGUCCAGUACCAUACUCAACCUUCACAGAUGAGCCAGCAAGGCCAACCCUUAACUCAGGGGCAAACCCUACCACAGGAGGUGCUUUCAAGUAUUGUUACAUCACAGCAAGGUGCAACCUUGCCUUCUAAUCUUCAACCUUUAGCCAGUCAGCCACAGGGUUCUACAUUACCCGCGAAUCUCCCAAGCCUGAGCCAGCAACAGGCCCCUGCAGUGCACUCAAUGGCUCCACAGCAAGGAAAUGUACCUCAGGGAAAUAUUCAAAUGAUGUCUGCCCCUCAAAAUAUGCAGAUGACUCUAGAUGGGAAUCAGGCUAGUAUGCAGAUACCCACCGCAGAUCCUAUUUACAUGCAGCAAGCUAAUGUCGGACAGCAAAUGCCUGUUAACCAACAUAUGGCUCAACAGAAUAUGAUGACGCAGCAAGUAAGCGGUCAAGGCCAAAUGGGAGGGGUGCAAUACGUGCCUAAUCAAGCAGUGCCACAAGUGUCGAUGGCACACCAGAACAUUCCGAUGUCGAUGCAGCAGAGCAUGCCAGUUGGGAUGGGCGGUGGAGUUCAUGCAAAUGUGGUACCAUCUCAAACAAGUAUGGGAAUUGGCUAUGGUGGAGUUAUACCCGUGAUGUCCCAAAGUAGCGUUGCACCUGAGGCGACAGUUUCGGGGACUAAUUCUCCAGUAGUGUCUUUGCCAGUUAACUCAACGCCUUAUGUGGCAAACACGGCUCAGCCUGGACAUGACAGCCAGAGCUUCGGUAGUCCGGUCAGUGCAGUGGUGGCUCAUGCCAUUAGUGGCUCAGCAGUGAGCAAUGUGAAUGUGAAUGCCUGUGAUAGUGGUGCUUCGGAGGUGCCUUCUGACACCCUACAAGCUGGUGACACUGGCGACGGCAAGGAGGAGCCGCAGCCCGCCCAACCUCCUGAAGAUGAAAGCUUCAGCGGGUUGGCGCUGGCGCUCGGCGGUAGCGGCGCAGGCAGCCCAGCGACGGCCGAACCUCGUGAGCAUCUGCAGACUGCUACAUCGUCUCGCGCGCCAUCUCCGCCGCCUUCCGAGAGGCAGCAACACUCCAGCGCAUCGGGCACAAGCGCGGUGGCCAUCGACAACAAGAUCGAGCAAGCUAUGGAUCUGGUUAAGAGCCACUUGAUGUUCGCAGUGCGCGAAGAAGUGGAGGUACUGAAAGAACGCAUCGCCGAACUGAUGGAGAGAAUUAACCAGCUGGAAGUGGAGAACACGUACCUGCGCGCGCACGCGUCGCAGGAUACGCUGGCACAACUGCCAGCAGCAGGCGCGAAGCCGCCCCCACAGCCACAGGGUCCGCAGCCGCCGGUGUCGUAGAGCGCCGGGCCGCACCCCUGACCACGCCCGCCGGCCCCGCCGGCAGAGGUCCCAGGCCUCCCCCUCGGCGCGCGACCCCAGCAGCCGCGAGCAAACCGCGGGACCUGGGGAGUCACUAUGGCUGUGUUAUGUUAAUUCGUAGGUUAACAAGGAACGAGUGGAAACGCGGUCGAGCGCCGAGGGAAGCUGCGCAGCUCGCAACGCCUCGCCUAUCGAUAUAAAUCACAGGAGUGUCAAGUUAGAGCACCGUCCGCGCCGGCCGGCAUGUCCCGGAACUGAGUUGGGAUGCCACCCGCGGCCCGCGUGCCUUGAGCCUUCAACAUAUUAAGCUUCGAAAUCAUACAAACUAGUUUAUUUUAUGUUAUUAAAUCUUUAUAGAGUGCAGAAUUUUGUUCAACCAGCCAUGCUUUUGCUACGCAUCUCAGCAACGAGUCCUGAUGUUUCUAUGUUUAUAAUUUCUCCAGUUAAAGUUUAGGUAUCGCUAUCAACAUAAUAUAUUCCAAUUAAGAUUACGCUGUAAGACGUGUGUUUAUAAUAAUUGUAAUGAAAUAGUUGAAUAUUCCUAUGCAUUGAACAAUGACUGUGUGUUAAUUUAUUUUCUAUAUUUUUUUAUGUUUAAGUUAUUUAUCAAGUUUGAAUUAAAUUGCGAGAACUUGUACCUCGUCGGCCCGAGUAUAAUGAUCUGUCGAUAGGAAGUCGUGUGAAGUUUUCAUUUAGUUUAUACUUUAAUUGUAACAUAUUAAUGCAUAUAAAAGUUUGAAUGUAUUUUACUGCAGUCGACGUUAGAGUAAGUAAAGAGUCGUUAGA